AUGGCGACAAUUACACAGGAACAGGUAAUAGGGCUUUCCCCAGCAACAAUACCACAGAAAUAUCUCAAUGGCCUGGACCCGGAAUGGAGAGAUACGUGGUCCAAAUACGGGCAAAAUCUGGUAGGGGCUCAUCUGGUGACGAUUGAAGAGUUCCGGAAGAGCCCAGAGAAGUACAGCUUCACAUAUCCAAUAUGGACAGGUAUGAUUCGACACGAUAUCCCACCGCACGCAGAUUUCUCAUGCCUUCUCUACACAGGACCGGAAGUGCACCAAGUCAAGGAUUACGCGGUCCCCGUCUCCAAGCCGACGGGGACAAUCACCUGUCGCGUCUACACACCCUCCGGGCCAGGACCAUUCCCGGUCCAUCUCAACUUCCACGGCGGCGGCUGGACGCUGGGAGGUCUGCAGUCGGAAGCAGCCUGGUGUCGCAGUAUCUGCAACAAUGCCGCCAUCAUCGUUAUCGACGUGGACUACCGUCUUGCUCCCGAGUUCCCGUUCCCCGUCGCGCUCUAUGACUGCUGGGCCGCCGUACAAUGGGCCCGCGACAAUGCAGAUCUCCUCAACCUGGACUCUCGCUCGAUGUCCAUCGGCGGGCUUUCUUCCGGAGGACAAAUGACCGCCGUCAUCGCACAUUUCGCGCGAGACUGUUCCCCGCCACUGGCGUUGAAACUGCAAUUGAUGAUCGUCCCCGCGACGGAUAUGCGCUAUGUACCCGUAUCCAUCCACGAUGCCGAACCGUUGACCACUGAAAACUGCGCAUAUGAAAGCGCGAGAUUCUGUUCUGACCUCCCCUGGUCCCCGCUCGCACGCGAAUCCUGGUUCCUCAACUACUAUAUCGGUACGGAGCCGGAAGAGCGAUCGCGGAUCCUCGCCGAUUGGCGCAUGACGCCCGUUCUCGCUCCCUGUUUGCGAGGGCUUGCGCCGGCGCAUGUAGUCACGGCGGAGUUCGACGUGGAGAGGGAUGAGGGGGAGUAUUAUGCGGAUCUGCUUAGACAGGCUGGGAACCAGGUUAGCGUGAAGAGAUACAAGGGGGUGCCGCAUGCAUUCGCGCAGUAUAAUCACCCUCAGCGGGGGUUGAGUAAGAGUCGGGAGUUUAUACGGGAUUCGGUUGAGUUGCUUUCACGGGUGCACCAUGGUAGAAGCAAAUAG